AUGUCAAACCUCCUCAACAAAGCCGCUUUUAUUAAUCAAGCUCCACAACAGAUAUAUUAUAGAGAGAGAAACCGACCCUUCUUAGAGGGAGAGAGGGAAACCUUCCAGCUUUCUCAGCGAAGCCAUGGAGGACUUCAGAUCCAAAUCAUUGGGUCACGGCAAAAUGCAGAUAGAGAGCUACUACGGGAUGGGACCUACUUCAUCAUCAAUAUCAUCAUCAUCAAACGGCGGCGGCGGCGGGGUCGUGAGCGGUAUGCAAGAUCUGCGGUGUUACAGUGCGUCGUACGCGACUUCUGUGCACCCGACGCAAACCCAAGCCCAACCCCACGAGGCCAAGUUCAAGAAGGGCAAGUCCACAAAUGGGUCAGUCUCCAAAACGUGGAGCUUCAACGACCCAGAGUUGCAGAGGAAGAAGAGGGUGGCUAGCUAUAAGGUCUACGCCGUGGAAGGCAAAGUCAAAGGCUCUCUCAGGAAGAGCUUUAGGUGGCUCAAGGAGAGGUGCACCAGAGUGGUUUAUGGCUGGUAGUCUGCAAUUUUAAUUUUAAAUUAAUCUCUCUUUUUUUUUUCGGUUGUUUAAUUUGAGCAAAAUCUCCCAAAUUAUUGUAGUGUUUUCUUUAAUUUGAGUGUUAAAUUCUGGAGC